AUGCUGCGGAAGGAGAUGGCUCGGGAGAGGCUGAUGGAGAUCGUGAAGAUGAUGCUGAGAGAGCCUGAGAGCCCAAAAAUCCCAUCUCGGAGAGUCCGCCCAAGAACCCGAAGGCACGAGACUCCGAAGCCCGAGACUCCGAAGCCCGAGACUCCGAAGUCCGAGACUCCGAAGCCCGAGACUCCGAAGCCCGAGACUCCGAAGCCCGAGACUCCGAAGCCCGAGACUCCGAAGCCCGAGACUCCGAAGUCCGAGACUCCGAAGCCCGAGACUCCGAAGCCCGAGACUCCGAAGUCCGAGACUCCGAAGCCCGAGACUCCGAAGCCCGAGACUCCGAAGCCCGAGACUCCGAAGCCCGAGACUCCGAAGCCCGAGAUCCUAAAAGCCCAAACCCAACAAGCCGAAACCCGACAUCCCGACAGCCCUUGA